CCUCGACGCCUUCCAAAAUAGUCGCGCUUUGUGUAUCCAACAUGUCGGCGCCCGUGGAGGUAGUUCUUUCCACAGAUUCAGCAGGACAGCUGUUUAACUGUGCGGUUUUCGACCCUCAUUCCGGGUCAGAAUUCUUGUCCUAUCGCGGGGGUAACACGUCCUCCAGGUCUUUAACCGUCCUGAACGGAGAAUACAUAUUAGGAGCUCAACUCGGCAAGAACUUCAUAAACGUGUGGGAGAUCCAGAGAAAGGACCAGCUACAGCAGAAGAUUGUGUGUCCUGGGAUCGUGACGUGUCUCUGUGCGUCUCCUGAUGGCCUGUAUGUCCUGGCAGGCAUUGCUGAAGCAAUAUACCUGUGGGAGAUGUCAACAGGAAAUUUGCUGGCUAUUUUGAGCCGACACUAUCAGGACGUGAGUUGCAUCUGUUUCACUGAUGACAGCAGUCAUUUUGUGUCGGGAGGGAAAGACAAUCUGGCUCUGAUCUGGAAUCUCUCCAGUGUUGUUCAGUUGGAUUCGUCCCGCACACCAGAACCACGUCACAUUCUUUCCCGUCACUCCCUCCCCAUUACCGACAUCCACUGUGGCCUGAUGGGACCACAAGCCCGUGUUGCCACCGCAUCCCUGGACCAAACUGUUAAGACCUUGUUAGGCAUUUACAGGCCUCCUGUCUUCCAGCUAAAACACUUAAAAUGGGGUAAUUUGGUUUUAAACGGACAAUAA